AUGGCUAUCUUAAGGUUCAUACAGCUAGACACAACUGCCGUUCUCAAUUAUGCUGCCGUUAUUUUAGUCUUUUGGUAUAUCAUAACUUCUGUCAUAACGUGGAAAUCACUUCGCCAUAUUCCUGGUCCGUUUUUAGGCAAAUUCUCUCACUUCUGGUCCAUCUAUCACCAACUUGCUGGAGACGUGGGUCCCGUACACCUUGGGCUGAAAAAAUACAAUUCACCUCUCGUCCGCACAGGGCCGCAUUACCUAGUGACUACGGAUCCGAACAUUUGGAAAUACGUCAAUGCCGCCCGAAGCACCUACCAGCGAGAUAUGUGGUGGGCCGCUGGCCGAAUCGACUAUCAACGGCCCAGCCUGGCGGACACUCUGGACUCAGCCUCUCAUGACAAGAUGAAGGCAAAGGUAGCGGGCGGAUACAGUGGACGAGACAUAGAUUUGGAAAUUAUUAUUAAUGAACAGAUUGCAAAACUAGUGGAUGCGAUGCGAAGGAAACAUGUUGGCAAGAACAUGGUCGACUUUGCGGAUAUUAGUCGGUUUUUCACACUCGAUGUUAUUACGAGACUGGCUUACGGCAAGGAGUUUGGGUGGGUGGAAGCCGACGAGGACUUGUAUGGGUACGGCGCUGAGAUAAGUAAAUUCGCAGCCCUAGGAGCUCUGAUAUCAGACGUUACGUGGCUACAUCCAUUCGUGCGAUGGUCGUUUAUUAAUAGCCGAUUUAAGCCGAGACCUGCAGCCAGCCAUGGGGUUGGAAAAGUUGUUGGACUUGGACGGGAACAAAUCCGGAAACGCUUCGCCGAGAACCAGAAUGAUGAUAGAGAUAUGAUUGGGUCUUUCAUGCGCCAUGGGCUUACUGUGAACGAAAUUGAGGAUGAAGCCCUAAUUCAGAUCUUUGCCGGGUCGGACACGACUGCCAUUGUGAUCCGCUCUGUCAUGUUGCAUUUGAUUGCAACUCCUCGAGUCUGUGUCGCUACAAACCGCUGUGGUAACUCGCGACUUAAGACUAACAUCAAGAACGCCAUCUCCAGUGGCGAAGUAUCAACACCCAUUACUCUAGCGCAAGCGCAAUCUUUGCCGUAUCUCCAGGCCGUUAUCUGGGAAGGCUUCCGCAUGCGACCAGCCGUAACAUAUGGCCACUAUAAAGUUGUACCUCCGGGUGGCGACACGAUUGCCGGAAUACGGGUGCCCGGGGGUACCGCCAUCGGUCACAAUCACUACGGCAUGAUGCGUAAUGAGGAAAUUUUUGGCGGCGACGUUGAUGUAUUCCGACCCGAGAGGUACCUAGACCAGCCAAACGGGGACGAGAUGCAAAGGACUGUCGAGCUGGUUUUUGGUACCGGCCGCUGGAUGUGUGUCGGCAAGCAGGUUGCACUAAUGGAGCUGAACAAGAUCUUCUGGGAGUUUGAACUCCAGUUGGCGAACCCAGCCAAGCCAGGAUGGACGGAAACAUCCAGUGUAACAUUCACGCAUCGAGACAUGUGGAUUAGGAUCACCGAAGCCGAGGAUUUGUAG